UGUGAAAUGCAGCUGUCUGGUUCUUAGUGGGUAAAGGGGGCUGGCUGCCUUUAUAAGGCAGCAGUUUGACUGUUCCACUUCCAGUCUGAGUUCACAUAUCUGAAACUGAACGGCAUCCAGACACCAUCAUUCACCCAAAAGUUUUUCAAAAGUGGAGCUUGUCCAUCAUCAUCAUCUUGACAGAACAGAAUAAAGAUGGAGAAUUUUUUGCUUGGCAUGUUAUGGUUCAGCGUCUGUGUCUGCCUUCCUUUAACCGUUGUGGUCUUUCUCAUCGUCUGUUUGAAGGCAAGAAGAGGACAUGUUCCAAUCUACUAUGUAAACCUCCUAAUAGCCAAUCUAAUCCAGCUCCUCUGCAUGAUUGAUUUUGUGGUAAAGUAUUAUGGUCAUCAAAUGGGACCAUUUACAUCUGUUUUUGUCCAUGUUUCUGCUGACAUGGCCAGUCUUGGAUUCAGGAUGUGCAUUGCUUUGGAGAGGUACUUUUUCAUCGCCUUCCCACAGUUCGAGUACAUCAGACAGACUAAAGGCUCUGUGCUGCUCUGUGCCGCUGUUUGGGGUGUUUGUGUCAUUAUGAUCCCCAUUCCAGUGGUCUAUGAAGAAAAUUUAUCUAUACGUCUAAUGGCUGUCCUGCCUGCUCCCGUGUUCAUCAUCUGUCUCUUUGAAACCAUAAGACUCCUGUGUCAAGCAGCCCCUUUCGCUACCUCAGUUCCCAAGGAAGACAAACAAAGAAUUGUUGGAACUUUGAUAGUGUUGAUGCUCAAUUACAGUCUGUUGACCUUCCCUAUUGCUAUUAUAGGGAUUUUAAUGAUCUAUUUUCGAGUUUUAUUUUUUUUAUUUGAGGGUAUAAUUUGGUUGCAUUACUUCAGUUCAUUCAUGGAUUUGAUUCUUUUUGUCUUGACACUGAAAGGCCCCAUCGACAAGUUGCUCGGGUGUUUGUGCCCCUGUGUCAACGAUUACCCUGUGGUUCAUCCAAGCGCUCCAAUUUCAGUGUGACAAAGGCACAAAUGCAAAACAAGUUCCUGUAUAUAUAAGAAAAAAAAUGUUGCUUUUGUGGAAAUAGGACUGUAAAUAACAUACUGAGCUGUUGAAAGUGUCCCAUAAGAAAAAAAUGAGUUGCUAAAAGAAGAAAUCUAGAGUCCAGAUGUUGACAAUACAGUUAAUACUUUUUUAAAUGAAAGAAAAGAAGUACAGACAAAAAAAAGGACUGCAUGCUAUUUUUGUUUACUUUGUCUACACAUAUUCAAAUUAAUUAAAGGUGUUUGUACUGUUUUGGUAUUUGUAAUUUAUGUAUUAAAAGAUGUGUUGGAUUAUGUCAAUGAAGAUUCUUCCUCAACCAGGUGGUGUCUUGAAGUUGGAUAUUGGCAUCUGGGCAGACCUGAUCCAAUGCAACUGGAUUUUUGAUUGGUUUAACAUGUUCUCUUAACAUUUUUCUCAUGAUUUAGGUCUUAUAUAAAGAGAAAAUUAGGUCCACAUUUUAGAUGAUACUGGCAGCAACGUGGCAGAGUUUCUGUUAAGAACUAAAAUUUUUUUCUUUACUUUAAAGAUGAAGAGUUGAUGAAGUAUGAAGAGGAACUGCAUGCUUUUAUUUCUUAUUGUAAUAUUUUUAAAACUAUUAAAAUAUAAAUUAACUAAAGUAUUCCAGGAUAUAUUGAAUUUGAUCAUUUUUGAUUUUUUUUUUCAUUUAUUAUUAUUUUAAUUAAAAAGUCCACCAACAAAUUUAAAAGAUCUGGUAUAAAAUAAAAUAAUAAAGACGCAACAAAUGCCGUUAUAUAAACAAAUGCUGUUUUUAAAAUGAUUUUCAGGAAUAAAAUCAAAAGUUAUUCUGAGUUUAAGAACCAAAACUAACAUGUUCUUAAGGAGGGGUUUAACGGAUUACAAAACUCAAGGUUCGGUUUUCUGCAUUUGUAAAAUUACCUUCAUGAAGCCAAAUGAAGCAAUUUUUUGUGAUUUGGGGCUAUAUAAACAAAAUUGAAUUGAAUUGAUGUAUAAAAAUUGUAAUCAUUUGUAUUAAUCACAAAAAUGUAUACCUUGAUUUAGAACAGAAGAUCGGUAUCAACAAAACUAAUAAAGAAAGACAGAUUUAGAUAGAAAGAAAUGUUUGUCAUUUUAAACUUAUUUUUCAAACAACCUUCAGGUCAAGUUCAGCAGUAACAUGUCAUAAAAAAAAAACAUUUUUUUUUAAAAUCCCUGCUGUUUUGGAUAAUUUCACAACAAAACCUGAAAAUGUUUUCCACACUUUUCUAUCCUCAAAGCAUUAUAUUUUGGUUCAGAGCCCAUAUGAAAAAAGUAUUUUGUUUCUCCGGCAGAAUCAGCUGAUUCAUGUUGAUCACAUCCGCCAUUCAGCAGCAUGAGGCUGAGUUUCUCGGCUUCAGAGUAAGCUGGAGUUUCGUUAAUUGUGUUAACUGUUAAAGAGUUUCAUGACCAAAAUAAUGUAAAAACUGGAGCUAAAGCUCCGGUGUUAAAGUUGAUUCAUUUUUUCAGAAGUUAUGUCAGUGAACGGAACUUCAGUCUCAGUUUUUGAACGGGAAAAAAAGCCUUUUGCUAGUCGUAUUUUGAAAACCGGAAGCUUCACCUACACGAAGAUCUGUUUACUUCUUGUGACGGUGGCACUUUCAGCUUUAUUUUAGUUUAUCUUCUUGAAAUCGAACGAGAUCGCGCUGUUCAUAAACAAGUACAUUGCGGAUGCGCGUGUCAUUGGGUGCGUUUGAUUUUUCCUUCAGGAACAUUUCAUUUGUUCAGCCACCUGAUCAUUAAUGUGUUUUAUACACAGAGGUGCAACAGGGCAAGAACAAUAAAUGAUUCAUAAACUACUCAUAAGCGUUGUAAUUGGUCAGUUUAAAUUCAAUAUAAUUCUAUUUCAAGAUAGAAAAAGUAAAUGUGACAUUGAAAUAAAGCAGCAAAUUAUUUCAAAGAAAUGGUAAAUGAAAAACACAGACAAAAAUUAAUCAGAUGUUUAAGAAAAUAAUCAAAGUGAGGAUGAUGUUCAGUCUAAUCUUCUAAAGGAGAGGAUGAAGAAGAGACAGGCGGAAAUGGAAGUUGCAUGGAAAAUCCCAUUGAGACACCAGAACCAUCAAGCACAGAUGACCUUUCUACAUUGUCAGAUUCCCCUUUAAUCUGGACAAAAGAACAUUAAGAUCAGUUUAAAGACAAAAAUGAAUGAGUCUUUGCCAAUAAUACGGAUGCCUAAAAAGUACCACUGUGUCAAAGAUAUUAGACUGUGUAUGUGUGUUCUUCUGUGUAGCAUUGCAGUGAGCUACUAAAAAAGCUCUCGUGAGCUACCGGUGUCCAACCAGUUGCAGACCUCUGGUCUAAUCAUUAGAAAUCGCAUUAGUAGGCUACACUAGGAAAUGCAAUUAAUCCUUGUGCCAUUCUAGGCAUGUUUACAUUACAUCUGGACCCCACAGUGACAUCUACUGCAGGACAGCUAAACGUUAUUACAAACGUGCUGAUCGCGAUCUGUCAGGACUCAGCCAGUCAUGCCCUCCUCUGACCAUCAGAGAGCUCUCACCAGAGUACUAGCUGCUGCUCACCUUCCCAUCAUGCUCCAGCCUCCAGUUCCAGUCCUCGCCAGCUGAUUCCCAUCACGCCAUCACUGACUGUUUAUAUUCAUCUUCCACACUGUCUUAUUUGCGUAGUCUUGAAUCAUUUCCCUUGAACGUUCAGUUGAAGCACUUGUUUUGACCUUUUGCCUGUUUUUCUCACUUCUUCCCUUAUCCUGGCUUGUUCCUGACGUUGAAGCUCUUUGUCCUGCUCUGUGCUAUUUCGUUAUUAAAACGGCUGCACAUGGAUCCACACAUAUCCGCCUCAUCCUUACACAACCUCACAUAGAUGCAAAAGAAAAACAAAACAAAAAAAA